CGCGUUCCACCUUUGUGUUUAAAUAUGGAACUAGGUUAGGGAUGUGCAUAGGAUCGAGUGAAAACGCGUUAUUAAUAAAAGCCUGUACUCAGAUCGACUCCGUGCUAUGUCCGUGUGAGAAUCAGUGAGAGUGAUGUGUGUGUGAUGCGAGCUGGUUGACUCCUGACCUGACGCUGCGGAACCCUGGCGAAGAAAACCGUCAGAAUGGCCGACCCUGACGCGUUCGAUGACGAGAAGCUGGUGGUGGGCAACGCCACGCAGCGCAACUGGCGCGGUAUCCUCAUCGCGCUGCUGGUCAUCGUUGCCGUGCUGGCCCUGAUCGUGACCUCGGUGGUGCUGCUGACCCCGCCGGACGAGGGGCCCAGGGUCAAGGGCAGGCGGCUGCGGAUACAGGACCUGCUCAGCGAGGAACUGGUGCCUGUGAGGUGGAAUGGCACUUGGAUCUCUGGUGACGAGUUCGUGUACCGGGACGCGUGGGGCGGCAUCAGCCUCAUGUUCGCAGCGAACCAGUCGUCUAAGACACUCAUGCCCAACACCACUUACCGGGUCCUGGAACCGGCCUCGUUCUCUGUAUCAGCUGAUCGGCGCUUCCUGCUGCUGGCACAGAACUUGCGGCGGUUGCACACACACUCGUACCUUGCUCGAUACACCGUGUACGAUAUUCUUACCACCGAGUCGUACCCGCUGACGCCGCUUCCAGACGAAGUAGGCGGAGUAGUGGCCGAGGGUCCAGCGCUCCUACUAGCCUCGUGGACCCCCAAAGGUCACGGCCUCAUCACGGUCAAGGACUGCGAUAUCUACUACCGACCAGCGCCAAGGUCAUCUACCGGGUACAGGGUCACGGAAACUGGCAAGCCUGGGACCAUUUACAAUGGCGUGCCUGACUGGUUGUAUGAAGAGGAGAUCCUCAAAGCGCGGUCAGCGCUCUGGAUGUCUGCCGACGGUCACAUGGUGUUGUAUGCCACCUUCAACGACACACUAGUGCUGGAGCAGAAGUUCCCGUGGUACGGGCCGUCGCUGGACACUGAUGACCCGGCGAAGACAUACCCGGAGAUCAGAAGCGUAAGAUACCCGAAGCCUGGCACGAUCAACCCCACAGUUCGACUAACGGUAGCUGACAUAGCCGACCCGAAGCACAUACGUACCAGGCACUUAACACCGCCGAAGAGUAUACUUGAAGAAGGAGACUACUACUUCACAAGCGCGCAAUGGGUCUCCCUCACAGAAGUGUGUGUGGUGUGGCUCACUCGCACGCAGAAUCUGUCCGUCGUGUCUGUCUGCAAGAGCCCUAUGUGGUACUGUCAAGAGGUGUACAGGAUAUCAUCAGGCUCAGACAGCUGGGUGGAAUCCGCGCCGGCGCCACUCUGGUCGGCCGGCGGCGGAGCUCUAGUUACCCUCGCUCCGAUCCGAGACGGGCCAGCCGGACUGUUCCGGCACAUUGUCCGGGCUGAGCACAACGCACACGGGCCGAGAGCGCUGCCACUGACGCACGGCAGCUUUGAUGUCGUCAAGCUGCUAGCGUGGGACCAUGCUAAUCAACACAUAUACUACCUGGGUAUACCAGAAGGCAAACCAGGGCAGCAGCACCUAUACAUGGUGUCGUCCGAAGCGCCGCGGCCCGGCUCACCGCAGAAGCUGCCUUAUUGCGUCACGUGUAAUACACAGCCUUCCCCGUCAAUCAACCUAGAGUACUACGGCAACCUGGCGUCCUCUGGCGACAGUUGGGAUAGUGACUGGGACGAGGAGCUGCCAGCGACUUCACCCUCGCCUAAUGCUAGGAAAAAGAAGAAAAAACGACCGGAACACAUCCAGCAGAACCUUCCGUGCCUAUACCACGAGGCGCACUUCAGUCCGUCGUCGGCGUACUUCGUGCUUGAGUGCCUGGGCCCCGGUGUGCCUACCACGAGUCUGUACCGCACGCUGCUGCCUGAACCCAGGAUGCUGGUGCAUUUGGAGAACAAUACUGCUGUCAAGGAGCGGCUAUCAUCCAUAGCCAUCCCGACGCCGCGCACGUUCUCAGUCCAGCUGUCCAGCGGACACACGGCACGAGUGCGUCUGUUACUGCCGCCAGGGCUCCGCGAGGAUGAGGUCACCAAGUACCCGCUCGUCAUGAGAGUGCACGGAGCACCAGGCACGCAGCUGGUAACUGAGCGUUGGGCGUUGGACUGGGGCUCGCUGGCGGCGGGCGCGGGCGCGGUGCUGGCGGCGGUGGACGCGCGCGGUGCUGGCGGCCGCGGGCUGGGCGCGCACCACGCGCUGCACCGCCGGCUCGGGACCGUCGAGUUGCAGGACCAGCUGGAGGUGGCCGAGUAUCUCCGCGACUCGCUGCACUUCAUCGACUCACGUCGCGUGGCAGUUUGGGGGCGCUCGCACGGCGGGUUCUUGGCCGCACUGGCGCUAGCCAGCCCGCUGGACGUGUUCCACUGCGGCAUUGCCAUCACGCCCAUCGUACGCUGGAGAUACUACGCAUCUGCAUACGCGGAGCGUUACAUGGGCUUCCCAAACGCGACGGGCAACUACCGUGGCUACGCCGACGCUGACGUCACCAAGCAAGCCGCGGCUCUGCAUGACAAGAUGCUGUUAUUGGUCCACGGGACUGCUGAUGAUAAUGUCCAUGUGCAGCAGACUAUGGCCCUGGCGAGGUCGCUGGCUGACCAGGGCAGCAUGUUUAGACAACAGAUCUACCCAGACGAGGGCCAUAGCCUGUCCGGCGUGAAGCGGCACCUUUACCGCACGAUGUCAGCGUUCCUCGACGAUUGCUUCCGCAAGCAAGUCCCGCCGGAGACCAAGGCGGGGUUGCGGAACGGGGGCAACCUCGACUGAGACA